UCACGCCCGCGCUGCAGGUUUCGCGGCAUCGCCUCCUUUUAUCUUCAUCUCAUCACGCGGCUCACCGAAGAAUCUGAUGUAUUUCUCGCCGAAUCGCGCAGUGAUGCGCAUGUAGCGGCGGCUCUCGGGGCUCUGACGUUACUCGUCUGAUGCAGGCUGACGGAGGACGCGUGUUCCGCAUGACACCGAGCGCGAUCGCACGGAACAUCGAGGACGGCGGCGUUUGUGCUCGUGUUUUUGACGCGAUUUAAACUUAAUGAGGCUCGACGCGUCUCUGGAUUAUCAGUCAUUUCUCCGGUGCUUUCAUGGACUGUUAUCUGUGAAAACACCCGCACUGUCUCAUCUAUGGUCAGCUGCGUGUGUCAAAGUGUUUUCAGGAUCCAGUGAGUAAAUGAAGGAGGUGUGUCGCAUCUGCGCGCGCGAGCUGUGCGGGAACCAGCGGCGAUGGAUCUUUCAUCCUGCCGCCAAGCGGAACCUGCAGGCGCUUCUGUCUCACGCGCUGCGUCGCGACCUGCAGCGGGACGGACGCGGAGAAUUCGCCUGCAGCAAGUGCACGUUCAUGCUGGACCGAAUGUACCGCUUCGACACGGUGAUCGCCCGCGUGGAGGCGCUGUCCAUCGAGCGGCUGCACAGACUGCUGCAGGAGAAAGAGCGUCUGCGCCAGUGCAUCAGUGCACUUUAUAAUAAAAACAAUGGGCAGGAGACCUGGGGGGCGACGGAGGCGUGUGCGGUGGACGUGUCCGGCCUCCAUGAGACCGAGUACUUUGCCCUGCUGCAGGAGGACCUGACGUACUGCAUGUACGAGUCCUGGGCAGAAGACGAGGAGCAGGUGUUGGAGUGUUCACACGAUCCUCCUUGCCACGCGUCAGAGGUUUCCUCAUGUUGGCAUCGCUCGCCAAGGUGCAGGGUCUGCAGGGUGUUGCGUGUGCCCGACUCCGACUACGAGGCCGUGUGUAAGGUGCCCAGGAAGGUGGCGAGGAGCCUUUCCUGCGGCCCAUCCACACGUUACUCGGCCAGCGGCGCCGGAAGCGUGUGUGGGGAGGAACAGACCACAACCGUGACUUCAAACACGCUGGUGCCUGAGACGCAGCGCACGACAUCACGCUCGUCAGACGGUGAGCGCACGCUCCGAGACCGCGGGAGCUCCGGCGGAUCACUGGAGUCACUGGAGAAAAGCCACGGUGCUUCACCCGUCAAAGUUCCCCAGUGUGACGCCCGAAGCUGCAGCGCUGUGUCUGAUGCUCCUCCAGCGAGACUCGCUCUGGAUCUGUCGCUGCUUCAGGACUGUGUGUACAGGCCCGUCCAGAGCCUGCGGGGAAGCAAACUGCCUGUUCUGAUGAGUCCUGGGUGUUUUAAUGGAGGAGCUAAACUGGACAGUCCAGACCUGGAGAACCUGUUUGACGGAGCAAACCGCAUGCUGGUGGAGCCAGAGCCGCCCAGAAUCCAGCUGGAUCCGGCGCAGGAGCUGUGGCAGGAGGUGCAGGACGAGUACCUGCCCUUCCGUCUCAGGAGCGGCCCACAGGGCCUGAUGGAAGAGCAGCAUUCUCAGCUGCAUCAUUACGAACACGCCGCGGGACAGUGUGUCGAUGAACUGAAACAAGCGCAGCUGCAGGUCGAGUCUCUGCAGAACAAGAUCCAUGAGAGCGAGACCAGCAACAAGUUUCAUUUGGAGCUCCGGUCCAUCAGACAAGCUGCUCAGAACCAAGAGAGAACCAUCCAGAACCUCACAGACAGCCUGAGAACUAAAGACACAGAGAUUCAGGAGCUGUACCUUGUGAUUGAGGGCCAGAACAACACACUGGCCACAAUCACAGAGACCCACCACCAGCAGCUGCAACACACACAGACUCCAGAGGGCGCCGUGGACUCGGGUUUGGUUCUGGGUUCCCAGAGUUCUCUAUUCUGGUGUCAGCUGGAGUUGGAGACGAGUCAGCGCGCUCACAGACUGACUCAGAGACGCCUGGAGGAUGUGAUGCGCUAUGCGGGGAUGCGGUGCACAGACGUUUCCCACAAACACAACCAGGAGCUGCGUGAGAUGGUUGAGCAGCUGCGGUCUGAGCUGCAGGGCAAAGUGUGUGAGCUGAGAGACCGGGAAGCAGCAGCACGCUCCGAAAUCACACUCCGGGACAAAACCAUCGCACAGCUACAGCAGAGCUUAUGCCGCAAAGAUGCGCUGCUGCAGGAGUAUUCAGAGCUGCUGAAUGAUUCGUCCGACUGCAGCGGCCACGUGGAGAGAGACGCACUGCUGCAGACGCUGAGGACUCGCAUCAGAGACAGAGACGCUGCGCUGGAGCGCUCAAUCGAUGAGAAGUUCUGCUGUCUGGAGGAGAAGGACGGUGAGGUGCGUCGACUGCAGCUGGUGCUCCGUGAGAAAGACCGAGACCUGGAGAGACUCCGCUGUGUUCUCGACAACAACAACGACACCAUCACGGGUUUGGAUGCUCUGGUGCGCAGUAAGGAUCUGGAUUUGGAGAGAACACAGGAAACCUGCCGGAAACUGGAGUGGAUGAAACAGCAGAGCGAUGAGAAACACACACUCGCUGUUCAGGAGAGAGACGGCAUCAUUCAGCAGCUGCAGACGGCGCUGGGCUCACACAGCAGAGAGAGCGAGGAGCUCAGGUCAGUGUUGUUGGGGAAAGUGUCUGCCGCUGAUGAGCUCCAGCAGCUGCAGACCCACCUGUCGAUGAAAGAGCGUCUGUUUCAGGAAGUGAUGUCAGACCGCAGUCGGCAGGCGCAGGAACACCACAGACAGAUCACAGAGCUGCUCGACACCCUCAGCACCAGAGAUCAGGACAUGAAGGAUCAGGGCGAGAGGUUGGGCCGGGUGAUUUCCGAGCGAGCGGGUCAGUUGCAGGAGUUGCGGAAGCAGCUGUCGUCACGGGAACAGGAGCUGAGUGAUAUGAACAGGGAGCGAGAGAGAGAUGCUUCUGCGUCCAGAGAGCUGCAAAGACUUCAGGAAGUUCUCAAGGAGAAAGACACCUUCAUACAGGAGUUACUGCGGGGUCCGAGUGAAAUGUUGAGCUCCACACCAGCAGCAGCACAGGCUGCGUACACGAGCAGCUCGGGUGAUCUGGAUGUACAAGCAAUCAGAGAUGAGCUACAGCUGACCCUCAAGAAACACAGAGAGAGUGAGCAGGAGCUGUCGGAGUUGCGCUCUGUUCUGGCUGCAGGUCGUCACAACGCAUCGAGCUCCAAUCAGCAGUGUGUCCUGCAGCAGCUCGUGUCGGAGCAGCAGGCGCUGAAUGAAGCUCUGAGAGUCGAGACGAAGGUUUAUCAGAAGCUCAGACGCAUGCAGUCUCAGGAGGGCAGUGCUGAGAAGACUAGCGCUCUGCACGCUGAACUGGACUCGCUUCAGGUGCUGCGCCAACAGCUGGAGGACACCCUGAGGAGGAGCUGUGAGACGGCGCUGGCGGUGGACCGGGUCGACUGUGGAGAAUACAGCAGUGAUGAAGAUGAAGACGAUCAUGACAGCAGUGAAGAGUUCACGGACAGCAUAGAGGACAACGACAUCAAACUGACAACUCAGAGUUUGACCAGCGCACAGAGAGCCGAGGAGUUCAGCAGAACGGGGAACUGGCCGCUGAUGUCCCAGCAUGCAUCAGAGCAGAGAAGCGAAGGCGAGACGGGCCGCUCCUCACUCUCUCACAGCAGGAACGAGCCUGGAUUAGCAGCAGAUGAGGAGGAAUCUGUGAAGUUGGAGAAGCGUGAAACAGACCGGCCAAACUCCCAUGAGCCUCAGAGAGUUUACCGUACGUUCAGAGAGGAGGAGGAAGAAUAUGAUGAUGAAGAUGAAGAGGAAGGGGAAGAUGCCCGGGCCCGUCAAGGCAAGCGCAGGCCCCCGAGUGUGGAGCUGCGGGAGGGGAGGUGGAAGAGGAGGUGCACCAGACCUCAUUCUCUGGACCUCGGAGCUCUGCUGUCACACAAAUCUGCAGCCCAUCUCAAAGUUCAGGAUGUAGAAAUGGAGCAAGAGGUUGAUGGUGACAGCGGCAGUUCGAGAGCAGGAAGAGGCGGAGCCAUCGGGUUCUGGCAGCAUGUGGAGGCGGGGCUUCGGGAGCAGGUGGAGCAUCUCCGUAGCGACCUGGCCGUGAGUCGUCAGGAGAGCCGUGAUCUGCAGGAAAGACUGAUGGUGUCAGAGGCGACAGUGCAAGUGCAGGCCGAACAACUGAAAGACUACAGAGAGCUGCUGACCGACAGCGCCGUCCAGCGGGACAGUAAACAGGUGCAGGUGGAUCUUCAGGAUCUUGGAUAUGAGACGAGCGGCCGCAGUGAGAAUGAAGCUGAGAGAGACGACGCCAGCAGCCCCGAGUUUGAUGAGUUGGAGACGUGCAUCUCUCUCUUGGAUUCGGGGAGCAGAUGCAGCGGUUGGCAUGGCAACAGCAAUGGUGUGCAGACAGACGACUCAUCCUCGCUGAAGUGUUUGGUGCAGGACCUGCGUGCGCAGCUCUCUCGCUGCCACAAAGUGAUCCGCAGCCUGCAGCUGCGAGUCCGCUCGCUCUCUACGACCUCCGACUAUGCCUCAAGCCUGGAGCGCACGCCACGCAAGGUGAACUGGGCGCUUCAGGUGAGUGCGGAUCACAGCGGUCUGGAUGAGGACGAGGGCUGGCAGUCCGACGGGCCGCUGAGACGCAGCCGCGAGCUGCAGGAGCUGGUGACCCGCGUGGCGCUGCUGGAGACCCAGAUCAAGAGCUCCAAGCUGGAGGGGAAGAGCGGUGCGGAGGACGGGAAAUGCGCCACCUGGCCUGGGAAGUACAACACACUGAUCCAGGCACAGGCACGAGAGCUGUCGCACCUGCGGCAGAAGAUGCGAGAGGGGCGGGGCAUCUGCCACAUCCUCACGCAGCACCUGAGUGACACGACCAAAGCCUUCGAGGAGCUGCUGCGUGCCAACGACAUCGAUUACUACAUGGGCCAAAGCUUCCGAGAACAGCUUUCCCAGAGUUCCUCACUCGCUCUGAGAGUCAGCACCAAAAUAAGUGGACGUGAUCGUUCAGAGCAGCAAGAUGAUAAAACGGGUCACGAGCUGCUAGCGCUGAGGUUAAGUAAGGAGCUCCAACACAAAGAUCAAAUCAUCGAGUCUCUGCACACCCAGUUACACAAGCGUCCCAACAUGCCCUGCAGCAGCCACGCCCCCUCUGAGACAACGGACCAAUCAGAUUGUGCCUCAUUUGUGUCCGACGAAAGAGGCUCCACCAAUGAGGACGUGGACCUGUGCUCAGACAUGGAUGCAGCCAGUGAGUUUACUCAGGAGAAGCCUGAAGCCAAAGACAGAGGUGUGUUCACAGAACUCUUGUCCAGCUCACAGAUUCUGAUCAGUGCUCAUUCUAACCCCAUGACCUUUGCCCCCGUGACCUGCCCUGACCCUGACCGCAGGAUCUUGACUGUUUCAGCACAGAGGAGGCCGCCCAUGAGAACUUUCAGCGCGCCUCACUCACUCUCCAGCUAUCAGCUGACCGCGCACACGCCCCGUCCCAUCGAUUACAUGCCUGCAUCCCAUCAUACACGGGGAAACAGUGGAGGCCUAUCUGUGCAGACAGAUGCAUUGUGGAACAUGGAGAAUAUGAUUCAGCCAAUCAGAGGUUUUGAUGGAUCAUCUCAUUAUCAGUCUGGCAACAGCCAAUCAGGUGUAGACGUGAUCGAGGAGCAUCUGAAAGAAAUCCGAUCUCUGCGUCAGCGACUGGAAGAUUCUAUCAGAACCAAUGAGAGAUUGAGACAGCAGUUAGAGGGACGUCUGGCCACAGCAGCAAGAGACACAGUGUUAAAGGAGGAAAAUCUGGCACUACAGUCAAGGUUACAAGCCAGCAGAGACAGCAGUGAAGAGGCGGAGCAGCUCCGGGAGGUGGUGCUUUCUGGGCGUGUCCGUCUGCAGCAGGCGGAGUUAGAGGCAGAGCAAUGGAAGGAGGAGUUGAGGAGGCUGCAGACACACAACUGUGAACAAAGUAAACAAAUCCAGCAGCUGCGACAGGACAGACAAAACAAUCAGGAGCACAACAACAGACUGCAGCACGAGGUGACUUUACUCCAGCAGCAGUUAGCAGAGAGCAGACAGCUGCUACACUCCCUACAGAGUGAACUACAGCUGUACGACCGCGUGUGUGGCGUGAGAAAGAGCGCUGCUGCAGGGUUGGCGUGUGAGGUGCGGUGCCCAGCCGUGGAGCUCGGGGAGCUGCUGGUGGAGGUUCGGGCUCUAAGGGCCCAGCUGGAGAGCAGUGUACAGGAGAACAGUUCUCUACGAGCUCAGCUGCACAAACAGCUGGAUCAGUUCAUCGAUCAGCGCCCGUCGCCCAUCAUCCCGGCCAGUCCGCUGCGGGACGUGCUUUACCGCCGACAGCUUCUCCACGACCCGUCUCCUUCUCCUCCUGUCAGAGACGUGGGUCCGUUUCCCGCCGGGCCUCUGUACUCGCUAUACUCAGAGAUGGAGGAGAGCGCUGUGAACACUAACGACUCACUGGAGCCUCAUGCAGAUCUGGAAGGAGAAGCUCCGGACGGCUCGUUCGCCAACCGUAACGGGCGGCACGCCAUCGGUCACGUGGACGACUACAGCGCCCUGCAGCAGCAGGUGAUGGAGGGCCGGGCGCUGGUGCAGCGGAUGGAGGUGGCGCUGCAGUCGAGUCUCGGCUCUGCCCUGCUGGAGAUCAGCGGAGGAAAGGCUCUGGACUACAACACAGUGAAGAUGCUGCUCUCUGACACCAAGACCUUGCAUCAGAUUCUGGACGAGGCCGUGUCUCUGCUCAAGAUGUUCUGGCGGGCAGCGCUUCCAAGCAGCGAUGGUCCUGCUCAUCUCAUUCAGAGGGAGCAGGUCAUGCGUGAGGAGAUCCAGUCGCUGCGUUUGCGGAUCGUUGAACAGGAAGAAGUUCUUCAGGGUACAAUCCAGCGUUUGCGCUGCUCCAGCCGAACCAAAGAGAGCAUGGAGACCUUCAUCAUCAACCAGCUUUCCCGGACGCGAGAUGUGCUGAAGAAAGCACGAGCGAAUCUAGAGAAGAAUGAACUCAAGAUUUCCUCUCUAAGCUCCUCCUCUUCCCCUCUUUGCCAUGGUAAAGUCUUCACAAGUGCAUCCGCAGGUUCUUCUGCUUGGGGUCGUGUGACCCCUGCGUCUUCUGCGAUCACCAUGGAAACAACCAGUCUGCAGCAACCUGCCAAGAAGCGUGUCAGGCAGUGACUUCUGCUGUCUGCCCCCCAUUAAACCAGCUGACAACCGGUGAACACCUCUAACUAACUCACCCACCUCGCCUCUUUCUUUCUAAAAAUCUUUCUACAGUAGGCAGUUAAAAUCCAGAUGCCUAUUGGUUGCCUGUUUGUGAGAAGACAUUUAUCUUUUGCCACGAGAAAGAAAACCCCUUCUUUACUUUCUGAGAUAUAAACAGACUGCCACAGAAUUCCCUGGAGUAUCUCAGGGAUUUUUGGCAAAAAAACUGGUCAGCAUGCGAGCCGUUCUGAGCGCUGACCUCUGCUGACACGUGUCAUGAGACGAAAUGGCAACGAAGGCAUGAAAAAUAAGUUCAUGUGUUUUCAUCAAAUGUCAUUGUGCCAUAUAUUGAGCCACUGUUAGUAUGAUUGUUGAUAUCGUCAUCAUUAUCCAGUGCUACUGAUUGAAAUGGAAUGUUGUGUAUAGUAUUUGCAUGAUAAAGGUUUAUAAAAAUAAAGUACACUUGUUUUUUGGUGAGGUGAGGUUCACCAAACAUGCCAAAGUUUGCAUGGUUAAUUUCUCUCAUUUCUGCCUAAACUGUGCUAUUGAUGUCGACUUCUGUAUGUACACUGAUUUAAAGUAACCCAUACUUACUAGCACUACUUUAACGACCUUGUAGGAAUUCUGUAGGAGUGCUUUGGGUGUCUUGGUAGUCACUUAUACCAGAGAUAUACAAACUUAGUUCACAAGCAAAUAAAUAGGUUUGUGAUUUUCUGCAUUGGCAAAAAUGAAUAUAAAACUCAAGUUGUCAUUGAUUUGUGCACACUCAUUCCUGUGCAGAUAUAAUCAAUGACAGUGUUGAAGAUUUCCGAACUAAAGAUGAAAAACUUUGGCAGGGAUUGGUGGGACCAGAGCUGCUGCUGAUGUCACAAUCAGAGAUGUUUCUUUAUUGCUUUUAGAUUUGAGCUGUAUAAUUUCUUUCUGAGCUGUACAUAUAUGCCUUCCUGUUGUUGUGAUUGGGUGGUGUGGCUUAAUCUAGUCAACAUUUGCUAUAGAAGAGUGGUUUUUAAACCUCUCCAUGAAGUACCCUGAGCACUGCACAUUUUGUAUGUCUCCCUAUACCUGAUACACCCACUUCAGGUAUUGCAGUCUCCACUAAUGAGCUGAAUCAGGUGUGAUAGAUGAUGGAGACAUAUAGUAUGCAGGGCUGGGGGCACUCCAGGACAGGUCUGAGAACCACUGCUAUAGAAUAUGCAAAUUUGUUUAAAACACGGGUAGCUGUGCAAUAGCCAUUUGAUCAUGAUGUGAGACAUCAUAUAGAUGAACUUACUGGGUACAUUACAUCAGUUUAUAAACUAGAAGUUGCCUAAAAUAUUGCAGUUGCCUUGCCUCAAAUCUCUUGCAUAGGAUGAAAAUAAGCUUGUAAGUGAAUGUUGCUUUGCCUUUGAACAGUCAUGUAAGAGAUUUCUCUUCAGAGAGAAAUGCAGUAUCAGUCGCUCCACAGUGUUUAGCCUUUGUAUCACUUAAUUCAGAACCUCAAAUGAAAGGAAUUGAUGUGAUACUGGAAUGUUUGGAUGAAAUACCAAAACCAGAGGAGGAAAAAGACACUUGAAUUCAUGUAGAGAGAAAAAUAAGCAGCAUGCUGGUUCUGAAAUCUGUGUAAUAUGUAUAUAAUGCUUGAAGGCUCAUUUGUUGACAUGGAUAGUGAUGUUAUUGUGCAACGUAAAAAAAGAUUGCCGACACAAGAGCCAAUCGAACUCUGUGUCUGAAACUGAUGAAAAUGUGCCCUGCAUUAUUACAGCUGCAUUUGGAAUUUAAACAUGAAUAAACAAUAGAAAUGCA